GGCUAACUGCCUCCCUCUCUCCCUGCCCAGGCUCCCCUCUCACCGACAGCUGCCUGCGGGCACCUCGGCGGAGAGAUGAACCCCACCGUUGGCAUCGCUGUCUUCCUGACAGUCCUGCAGGCCACCCACUGCCAGAUGAUCAAGGACUUGAGUGCCUGCCUGUUGGGGCAGAGCCUGCGGGUGGACUGCCGUUAUGAGAACAAGACCAGCAAUCCCCUGACCUACGAGUUCAGCAUCACCAAGGACAACAGGAAGCACGUCAUCCACAGCACCAUAAGCGUCUCCGAGAACGCCUACCGGAACCGGGCCAACGUCACCAUGCACAAGAACCUGGUGUGCCUCUACCUGCAGAGCUUCACCACCAGCGACGAGGGUGUCUACAUGUGCGAGCUGAAGGCCACCAACGACUACACCGGCAACCAGAUAAAGAACAUCACUGUCAUCAAAGACAAACUGGAGAAAUGCGCCGGCUUCAGCCUCUUGAUCCAGAACACUUCGUGGCUCCUGCUGCUCCCCCUUCCCCUGCCUCUCCUGCAAGCCGUGGACUUCGUGUCCCUGUGAAAGGAAAAGCACGCACACUCGCACACACACAUACACACAGCCCCCCCCCCCAGCAAACCCGCUCCCCCCGACUCCUGCUGGAACGUGGCCCUUGGAAAGAGAAGCUGAACGAUUUGAAACGAAUGCAAUCUCUAUGCUAUCUCUAUAUAGCCGUAUAUGUAACGCUAACCCCUGUCCUGUGCUGAGACCUGCCAUCACACGCACCCACGCCCCCGGCACUGCCCCGCGCCCAAGCAUGGUGGCUCUGCUAGGCAGCGCUUGCUUCUCCCAUCGCACCUCCCCGUUCGGCAGGCCGGCUGGUGUGCUCACGCUGGGGGAGCCAGCCCAGCAGAGCCAGCUUCUCCCAUCCCUUUAACUGCCAUUUUUUACCUGUUUCCAACUGGGGAAAGACAGCUGGACUAACAGGUAAGAGAGAGAGAGGACGUGAGGGUGUGCAGAGGGGUGUCCGGGCUGGGCGCAGUGACCGCAGCCCCCGGAGGAGCCGGGGCUGCUGGGGCUCCCGACCUGCCCUGGCCACUAGCGAAGUGACUGGGUGAUUUCUCAGCCUGCUGCCUCAGC